AUGGCGGCGGCGCGGGGCAAUGCGCUUCGCGAUAAGCAGAUCCUCUCGAUCAGAAAGAUCCUCAACUUAAAUGAAGCUCUCGAGCUCAGCGAAGGCGACGAAGUCAAUGCCAAUGGCCUGCCCGUGGCCCCUAUACUGAAGGACGGAACGCCUAUCUGGAAGGUCCUUGUGUUUGACGACCUUGGCCGUGAUGUCAUCAGUCCAGUACUCCAAGUGUCGGACCUGCGGUCACUGGGUGUGACGAUGCAUAUGCACAUUUCAGCCAACAGAGCCAAAAUUCCCGAUGUACCAGCGAUAUAUCUCGUCGAGCCCACACCCGCAAACCUCGAGGCGAUCACGAGGGACCUCAAGAAUGGGCUCUACAGCUCUGUCUAUGUCAACUUCCUCUCCUCGAUCCCACGGCCGCUGUUGGAAGACUUCGCUGCGCAAACAGCUGUCACGGAAACAUCAGAACAGAUCGCACAGAUCUACGACCAGUAUCUCAACUUUAUCGUCACAGAACCAGAUCUCUUCAGUCUAGGGAUGCAAAAGCAACACACAUACUGGGCCCUGAACAGUGCCAAGACAAACGACGAAGAGCUGGAUCGUGUAGUAGAUCGCAUUGUCAGUGGGUUGUUUAGUGUUGUGGUGACGUUAGGUGUAAUCCCAGUUAUUCGUUGUCCAAAAGGUGCUGCAGCUGAGGUGAUAGCUCAAAGACUUGACCGCAAGCUCCGGGACCACGUUUUGAACUCCAAAGACAACCUGUUUUCUUCUCAAUCACGAACACCAGGCGUGGCGGCGGGAACACCCACGUCAAGACCUGUACUAAUCAUCCUUGAUCGCAACGUGGACUUGAUCCCCAUGCUUUCUCACUCCUGGACCUACCAGAGCUUGUGUUUCGACGUCUUCAGGUCUGAGCUGAAUCGCAUUACGAUCGAGACCCCCGUGGACUCCAACAACCCCGCCAAAGGCACAACCAAGAAAAGCUACGAUUUGGCCGCCAAUGACUUUUUCUGGGCCAAGAAUGCCUGCCUCCCAUUCCCUCAGGUGGCCGAAGACAUUGAUGCCGAGCUCACCAAGUACAAGGAAGAGGCAGAAGCCAUCACCAAGAAGACUGGUGUCACGGACUUUGAAGAUCUGCAAAAUGAUACCAGUGCCAGCGCGCAACAUCUCAAAGCAGCCAUCACGCUGCUUCCCGAGCUUCGAGAACGCAAGGCCACGUUGGAUAUGCACAUGAACAUUCUUGCCGCUAUUUUGCAGGAAAUUCAAAACCGCAAGCUGGACAACUAUUUCCAGCUAGAAGAGGAGGUGGCCAAGCAGACCAAGGCCCAGAUCUUGGAAAUGAUCAGAACAGACGACAAGGGUCAACCAACAGACAAGCUCCGUCUGUUUAUUAUCUGGUUCCUCAGCACGGAGCAGGACGUGUCCAGGCCGGAAUGGCAACAGUUCGAAGAGGCCUUGGUCGGUGCUGGUUGUGACAAGACAUGCCUGGCUUACAUCAGACAAGUCCGAGCAACCACCAAAAUGACACAGCUCACUACCAUCAGCAACCAGCAAUCAACUGGUCAGCAAUCUGGCUCUUCGGACCUUUUCAACCGCUUCUCGGCGAUCUCCACCCGUCUUACUGACAGACUCAAGGAGACUGGCGUGCCGACUAACGCCCUUUCAUCCAAUGUUGCCUCUCUCCUCGGCGGCAUCAAGAACUUCUUGCCCGUGGACCGUGAUCUUACAGUAACCAAGAUUACCGAAUCCAUCAUGGACCCUUCGGCGGCCAGCUCAUCGGCCAUUGCCAAGACGGAGCACUACCUCUACUUUGAUCCCCGGAGCGCAAACGCAAGAGGGACGAUGCCACAACCGGUCCGGGCGGCAACUCAAGGCGGGGCACCCGGUGGGCUACCCGGCGGUCCUGGAGGCGCUCCUGGAAUGGGGGCAAGCUUUGGACAGCGGAGACAGGGGUUCUCGGAGGCGCUGGUGUUCAUGGUGGGCGGCGGGUCCAUGGAUGAGUAUGGCAACUUGCAGGAGUGGGCUGCGAGAGGAGCCACGAGCGGUGAUAAGGUCAAGAAGAGAGUUUUGUACGGUGCAAGUGAACUGAUUAAUGCCGGGCAGUUUAUCACCGAGGAGCUGAAUAGGCUUGGGAAGGAGAUUUCUUAG